AUGGAGAAUCAACAGUCCUUCUUCAACUUUUUGAGGAUGCCUCCAGAGAUGUUUGAUGAAUUAUUGAAUAGAGUUGGACCCCGAAUUCAGAAGAAGAAUACCACAUUCAGAAAAGCUCUAGAACCCGUUCUUCUUGCCUUGGUUGAUGCAGACUACAAGUUCCUAUGGGUAGAUGUAGGUGGUUAUGGUUCCAUGUCGGAUGCCCAGAUAUUCAACGCUUCUGAAUUAAAAGAAUGCUUGGAAGAUAGAAGUAUUGGAUUUCCAGAACCAGAUGCAAUGCCUAACGAUGUCCAGGACAUGCCUUAUUUCAUUUUGGGUGAUGACGCUUUUGGACUUAGAACCUAUUUGAUGAAGCCCUAUUCCAUACGAGGUAUGACAAAAGAACAAGCCAUUACUAAUUACAGAAUUUCAAGGGGGAGACGUGUUGUGGAGAACGCGUUUGGGAUAUUAGCACAGAGAUGGCAAAUUUUAUUAUCGACAAUGAUGCAAGGCCCAGAUACCGUUGGUGUUGUCUGCACAACUUGA